CCUGGCUUCUUCCCCUUCGCGGGCCGCAUCCUCAGGAGCAGCCAACUGAACGUCGUGGCUGGGAGGUAUAUAAAGAGCGACGCGGCGACCGAAAGACAUGGCACUUGCUCCUCUCCUGGCAUUCUAGUCGGAAGAGAGAACCAGCAUGAACGCUCUGAAGGCUGUCGUGUUCCUCGGCCUCUUGGCCACCUCCUUCGCUGGUAAUGUGGGCUAUGGAUAUGGAGGUCUCGGAUAUGGUGGUCUCGCCUACGGCACUGGCGUCGGCCACGUCCUCGGUGGAGGCCUCGCCCUCGGCCACGCCGUUGCCGCGCCGGCUGCCGUGACCACCGCGGUCCACCACGCCCCAGCCGUCUCCUACGCCGCUGCCCCCGCCGUGGCCACCACCGUGCACCACGCCGCUCCGGCCGUGUCCUACGCCGCCGCUCCGGCCGUCUCCUACGCUGCCGUUGCCCGCCCAGCGGUCACGGUCGCCCGCCAAGCCUACACCGUUGCCGCUGCACCCGCUGUGAGCUACGCCCAGUACGCCGCUCCCGCCGUGGCCACUACCGUGCACCACGCCGCUCCAGCCGUGUCCUACGCCGCCGCUCCGGCCGUAUCCUACGCUGCUCCGGCCGUAUCCUAUGCCCGCCCAGCGGUCACUGUCGCCCGCCAGGCCUACACAGUUGCCGCUGCACCCGCUGUGAGCUACGCUCAGUACGCCGCUCCCGCCGUUGCCACCACCGUGCACCACGCCGCUCCGGCCGUCUCCUACGCCGCCGCUCCCGCCGUUGCCGUUGCCCGCCCAGCGGUCACUGUCGCCCGUCAGGCCUACACCGUUGCCGCUGCGCCGGCUGUGAGCUACGCCCAGUACGCCGCUCCCGCUGCCGUAUCCACGACCGUGCACCACGCCGCUCCGGCCGUUUCCUACGCAGCCGCUCCCGCAGUUUCCUACGCUGCACCCGCGGUCGCCGUCGCCCGCCCAGCCGUUGCCGUCGCCCGCCCAGCUGUCAGCUACGCCUCCUACGCCGCUCCCGCCGUUGCCUACGCUCGUCCCGCUGUUGCCGCCACAUACGCCGCCCCAGCCGUGACCGCCGUCCACGCUGCUCCAGCCGUCACUGCCGUCCACGCUGCCCCAGCAGUCGCUGCCGUCCACGCUGCCCCAGCAGUCGCUGCCGUCCACGCUGCCCCAGCCGUGACAGCCGUGCACGCUGCCCCAGCUGUCAGCUAUGGCGGCUAUGGAAGCACCUUCGGCCACGUUCUCGGCGGUGGUCUUGCUCUCGGACACGCUGUCGCUGCCCCGGCUGCCGUCUCCACCACCGUCCACCACGCCGCCCCAGCUUUGGCGACCGCCCCAGUUGCCACCUACGGAGUUGGCUACGGCCACGGUCUCGGCUACGGCCUCGGAUACCACGGUCUCGGCUACGGUCUGAGCAGCGGCUACGCCCUCGGUGGCUACAACUAUGGCCUCGGCGGCUACAGCUACGCCCUCCACAAGAAGAAGUAAAUGAUGAGCGCAAGGAGUUAGACGACACCGCUAGGAAGGACCGCGUCAGGACCGGCUGGCAAGACCUGCACUUCAGAAUAUUUAUGCUAGUUCUCCGUGUUCCGAUAAUAAAAGGUUGUCAGAGUGAAAAGAA